AGGAAGAGAAUGACUUAUUUCUCCUUUCUGUUCUCUCUUGAUAAAAGCGAAAACGAAUCAGCAGUCAAUGAGGAAUGAUUUUUGUGAUUCUCGUGCUUAUCCAUUUUUUAAACUGUCAGUCAGAAAGUGAAAGUUUAGACAGCUGGAGUUCAAAAAGUAAAAAUGGCUUCACUAAAUGUAUCAGAACUUUAUUGUCCCAUGUGUCAUGAAAUCUUCAAGGAUCCUGUUAUUUUAUCAUGUAAUCACAGUUUCUGUAAAGAGUGUCUUCAACAGUUCUGGAGAACCACGGAAUCUCAGGAGUGUCCUGUCUGCAGGAGGAGAUCCUCAAACGAACAGCCUCGUCCUAAUCUUGAAUUAAAACACUCGUGUGAAGCGUUCAUGAAGGAGAGAAAUGAGAGUCGUUCAUCAGGAUCUGAGGAGAUCUGCAGUUUACACAGUGAGAAACUUAAACUCUUCUGUCUGGAGGACAAACAGCCUGUGUGUUUAGUUUGUAUUAACUCACAGAAACACAUCAAUCACACAUUCAGACCCAUCAGUGAAGUUGUUCCAUCAUGUAAGGAGGAGCUCAAUACUGCAAUUAAGACCUUACAGGAAAAAAUUAAACACAAUGAAAAAAUGAAAGGAGAGUUUAAGAAAACCGUUCAACACAUCAAGUCUCAAGCUGAGCACACAGAGCAUCAGAUUAAACAGCAGUUUGAGAAGCUUCAUCAGUUUCUCAGAGAUGAAGAAGAAGCUACAAUCACUGCACUGAGGGAGGAAGAGGAGCAGAAGAAGCAGAUGAUGGAGGAGAAGCUGGAGGAGAUCAACAGACACAUCUCAGCUCUUUCACACACAAUCAAAGACACAGAGGAGAUGAUGAAAGCCAGUGAUGUCUGCUUUCUAAAGGAGUUUCCAGUCUCAAUGGAAAGAGUCCAGAUCUCACAGCCGGAUCCACAGACACCUGCUGGAGCUUUGAUUCAUGUGCCACGUUACUUGGGCAACCUGCCGUUCAGAGUCUGGAAGAAGAUGCAGGACAUUGUCCAAAACACUCCUGUGAUUCUGGAUCCAAACACUGCAAAUCCACAUUUCGUCCUGUCUGAUGAUCUGACCAGUGUGAGAUACAGGGGGAACAAACAACCGCUUCCUGAUAAUCCAGAGAGAUUUGACUAUUAUCCAUGUGUUCUUGGUUCAGAGGGUUUUAACUCAGGAACACACUGCUGGGAUGUGGAGAUUAAAAAGUGUCGACGCUGGAGUCUUGGAGUAACUACAGCGUCAAACAACAGGAAGGGAGAUGAUUUCUUCAACACUAAUAUGUGGAGUGUGCAGUAUGGACUGUCUGGCUUUGGAUUUCCAGUUAAACAGGAUCUUGAGCAUGUGAGAGUUAAUUUGGACUAUAACAGAGGAACGGUGUCAUUCUCUGAUCCUGUAACUAACACUCAUCUAUAUACAUUCACUACCACCUUCACUGACGCUGUUUUUCCUUUCUUCUGGUGUUACUGUUUUUCCUCUCUGAGGAUCUUCCCAUUCAGUAGUUAGAAAUCAUUACACCUGUAGGUCUGGAUCUUCCUGCUUUCAUCAUGUCUCCAAUAUUUAAUCCAUAUCACAUGAGUAAGAGUGUUGUUGAUCUGAAUAUCAGUACGGCUGUGUUGAGCUACGGCUAAUUUCCAGCACUACAACAACUCUGACACUGUUAUAUUGAUUUCAUACAACAAAGUAAUAAACAGACAGUUAGUAAAUGUAUUAAUACCAAAAAGGCAAUGAAAGCUGCUUUAUUUGUUAUAUAUGAGACACAUUUAAAAACAUAUCUCUGUUUAACACAAAGUUCACUUAAAUUAAAAGUACUUUUUUAAAGUCUUAUAAAUGUUCAAAUUGAUAGCUCUUAUUAUACUGUAAUGUGGAAUGGUUAUAGUUAAUAAUUGUUUUUUAGGAAAAAAUAAAUUCAUAGAGACAUUACUAUCACUGAUACUUGCCUUCAGUCAUAAAAUGAUGCCAUUAAACAAAUGUUAAAAAAUAUGCUGUCUUUGUUUUUUUUUUUUUUUUUUCUACAUUAAUUUAAAGAAUGAAUGUGAAAUAAUGGCAAUAUAAAAAAUAUAUUUAAAAAAACCUUUAAAUUAGCUGUGAUUAAUC